CCCCUGAAGAAGACAAGUCAGUUUUACUGCUGGCAUCAUGCAUGCUCUGCACAAACUUCUGCUCUUUCACCUUCUGACAAGUCUCGGACGAGAUGCACUUGGAGGUAAAAUCAUAAAUGGAAAAAAAGCCCAGGAGAACUCGAUGCAGUACAUGGUGUCGCUGCAGAACAGCAGAGGUGAACAUGAAUGUGGAGGAUUCCUCAUCAGUGAAGACUUUGUGCUCACUGCUGCAAACUGUGACAACUGCAGGAGUUUAGCGAAGGUCGUUCUUGGCACCCACAAUCUGAAGGCUCGUGGCAUCGAAAGAUCUAUUGCGAAAUGGUGCAGUCACCCAGAUUACGAUGAGGAAGAAGUAGUGAAUGACAUCAUGCUCCUCAAACUGUCUCAGAAAGUUCAACUGGACAACAGCGUGCAAACAAUUCAACUUCCCACUUCUGGAAUGAACAUAAGAGAUAAUGAAAAAUGCCAAGUAGCUGGAUGGGGAAUGACAAAAACUAAUGGUCAAGGUGUUGAUAAGCUGAGAGUGGUGACUGUGUCUACCAUUAACAAGCAAGUCUGUGAGGAGCAAUGGGAUGCGGAACUUCCUGACCUUAUCUGUGCUGGUGGAUAUAACACAACCAAAGGAUUCUGUCGGGGUGAUUCUGGUGGUCCUCUGGUGUGCAACGGGAAGGCUGUUGGUAUCGUGUCUUUCAAUAUGGAAGGCUACUGUACCUACCCAAACUUCCCCAAUGUCUACACAGACAUAUCAAAAUACCUUCCCUGGAUCAACGACAUUCUCGAGCAAAAGAAUUGUUAAAUGUAACAAUCUUACACCAAGCUUUGCUUCAGCAUACCUUCAUUAUAUUGAGGAGGGGUAGUUGUGUCUGAGUCGCUCUGUCAGUGUUUGCUGUUUAACACAAAGGCAAAAUAAUAAAAUCAUGUU